AUGGCGUCUAAAGUAGUGAAUGUGACCUCUUCUGCGCACUUCAAAAGUCUGACCGCAUCUUCGACUUACGUUGUGGUGGAUUUCUACGCCGACUGGUGUGGUCCUUGCAAGACAAUCUCACCCAUCUUCGAGCAAUUGGCGACGCAACACGCUCAGCCCGGUCGGAUCACAUUUGUGAAGGUCAAUGUGGACAAUCUGCGCGACGUAGCAUCCAACUAUGGGAUUUCUGCCAUGCCUACAUUUUUGGUCUUGAAGGGUUCCAAAGUGGUUGAGACCGUUCGCGGCGCCAACCCAACAGCAUUGCGCUCUGCCGUGCUCUCUGCAGUCACAGAUGCAGCCCGAGGGCCUGCAGGCAACCCGGUCUCGUUCUCUGGCAAAGGGCAAACACUUGGUGGCGAGGGAUCCUCGAGCAGAGCUGCCGGCAGGCCACUCGUCAAUGUGAAUGCCGUCAACCAAUUAUUCACUGCACCUGCUGCAUUUGCUCAAGGCCGGGGACUACCACAGCAGAUUGUCCGAUUCAUUGGUUUGUAUUUGACAACGCUGUUCAGCUUUGAUCCCGUCAAAACUGCCGAAUCGAGUCCCUUCACAGUGCGCACCGUUCGCGUCAAGACCCGCUAA